UACCACAUUGGGCGCUUACGUUCGUGUUUCAAUCAAGUGCGUAGAGAUUGUCAAAGAUGCAAGAUUGCAAGCGCCGAACCAAACCCUCCAAUCAUGGCUGAUCUGCCUCCUGGUCGACUAGCGGCUUUCGAACGUCCGUUUACGCAUACUGGAGUCGACUACUUUGGUCCCAUCCAAGUAGCGGUCGGUAGACGAAUCGAGAAACGGUGGGGAAUGUUAGCAACCUGUUUGACUGUUCGAGCGAUACAUAUCGAAGUAGUGUAUUCGUUGACUACUAGCUCUUGCAUCAUGGCAAUCCGGAACUUCGUCGCUCGACGUGGUCAACCUCGUAAGUUCUACAGCGACCGUGGAACAAACUUCAUUGGCGCAGAACGAGAGCUGGAAAGACUCGGCGAAGUAGUCGAUCACGACGAGAUCAUAAAAGAGCUCACUUCUUCCGUAGGCGAAUGGACGUUUAAUCCUCCGCUAGCUCCACAUAUGGGAGGGAGCUGGGAACGGUUGAUACGAACCGUUAAGAAUAACCUGAUGGUGGUUUGCUCGACCAAGACUCCGUCCGACGAAGUUCUUCGCAAUCUGUUGACCGAAAUCGAGAACAUAGUGAAUUCUCGCCCGUUAACGCAUGUGCCGGUAGACGAUGACUCUGCUCCGGCUCUAACUCCGAACCAUUUUCUACUCGGUUCAUCCAACGGUACGAAGCCACUGGUCACUGCAGACGAUAGUGGGAUAGCUUUGAAGCAGAACUGGUGCACUUCGCAGAUCUUGGCAAACAUGUUCUGGAAACGGUGGGUGAGUGAUUAUUUACCAGAAAUUACACGUAGGACAAAAUGGUUCAUGCCGGUGAAACCCAUCGUUGCUGGAGAUAUAGUACUUAUCGUCGACCCAAAGAUGCCCCGGAACUGUUGGCCAAAGGGAACAGUCAUCAGUACUAUCAUCAGCCGCGACGAUCAGGUGCGGUCCGCAACCGUAAGAACGGCCACUGGUAUCUACGAACGCCCAGCAUCAAAGUUGGCAGUACUGGAUGUUCAGCGCGUCAAGCAGUAAGCCAACCAGAAGUUGUCGUACCCUGGGGGGAGUGUUGCCUAUUCUAUUAGGUCAGCGCGCCCACUAUCUGCAUCACCAACUUUGACGCCAACAGUAAGGAUGGCAACCUUGCGAACGGGCACCAUGGAGCGAGUCUCCGCGCGUCUCAGGAAAAUAGACUCUAGUGCCCAGUUGUCACAUCGAGUGAGUAAGCACAAUCUGGACAUAAGGAAAAAAAACACAUACUUAACUCUAUAGCUACAUGACAUUGAACUUAAAAUUAGUGAACUAAAUCUAUUGCUUAAAAUUAAUGAACUACAUCUAGUGCUUAAUAUUAGUGAAGUUAAUUUAGUGCUAAAAUAUUUAAUCUACGUAUUCAACGCAAAAACGCACUGAUAGUAAAGCUACUUCCAUACGGAAGUCUAUGGUUGAUUGAAGGUUGCCUCAAAGCCACCGAUUGAAAUAGGAUAGACGUUAGAAGGGAACUAAACGUGAGUAAUAAUAAUAAUAUCAUCAUUUAUUCUAUAACUUUACCUAAAUAAUUACAAGUGAAAUAGAAACGAAAUAAUGUUAAACUUAUUACUUGUAGGAAAAUUAUAUCUCUCUAGAACCGGAUCGUGC